GUGCAUUUUGCUGCGAAAUUUUGUGCUUUGACUGCGUCAUGGGUGACCACGUGCUUGUGAAGUGGGCCUCGGAGGACAAAUGGGACGUGUAUCCCGUUAGGAAUAUAAAGUCCCAGACUGUCGUCUGCCAGCUGGUCGACGACCCAAAAUACGUGACGACGCUGACCAACCAAACAGUGCAAGUCCUGUGGCAGGACGAUGAGUACGCACCGGCGUACAUUUUGGGAAUAGGAUCACAGGUGGCCAUGGAGCGCAAGCGAACGAGGCUUGUGUUGGGCCAGGCUUCUCGGAGCUCUUCCGCAAGACCGAAGGUGAGGCUGGUACUAUACUGCAUAAGAAGCUUGGUGACAGCCACUACUACAAGAGGGCACAGCAUUUUUCACACCCAUGCGAAUAACGCGUUGAGGCCUACCUUGUCUUCUUUUUUUUUUUCCGAUGUUGCUCGUGAAUAUAGCAGAGCCACGUUGAAUGGCAUUUUUGCUAGUCUGGCGGAGGUAGUGUCAUUGCUGCUUCGGUGGGUAUGA